UUGUUUGCAUGUAAAAUAUAGCAAAAACGACGAAACAUGUAUAACCCUUCAAAAAUGAAAAGUGUGAUAUUUUAGCAAAUGAAAGAGAGAGAGAGAGAGAGGUGGGUGUGGUGGAAGCGCGCUCUAUCUCAAAAACUCUGUUUGGGGGAAACUCUCUCCUUGUCCUCAACAAUUCAAUACCGUACAAAAAUUCACAUAAUAAAGCUCUCUCUCCCUUGUCAUUCUUCCACCUUUGAAUCUUUCUCUCUUUUUCUCUCCGCACCAUCCCCAGAUGUCCUCCGACAGGAUACUGUGCAAGUUCUUUGUCCAUGGCUCAUGCUUGAAAGGGGAUAAUUGUGGAUUUUCCCAUGACUCUAAGGAUCCGCCUAAUAAUGUUUGCACAUUCUACCAAAAAGGAAUGUGUUUUUACGGAAGUAGAUGUAGAUAUGAUCAUGUCAGAGCUUCUUCCGAUCUUCCUACACCACCUCUUACCUCUGAUUCUGAGUCUCUGGAUCGCUCUUUAUCCACCGCUCCCUCUAUGAGUUUUCAACGCCAAGGCUAUGAUGGGGACGGUAAUAACCACGGUGACAAAUCCUCUAGCGUCUAUUGUGUCCAUCCAAGAGAAUACCCACUCUGCUCAUUUGCUGCCGCUGGUGACUGCCCGCGAGGUAACCAGUGCCCUCAUAUGCAUGGAGACCUCUGCGCUACUUGUGGCAAGAAGUGUUUGCAUCCUUUUAGACCCGAAGAACGAGAAGAGCACACUAAAGAAUGCGAGAAGAAGCAAAAGCACAUCGAGGCUUUGAAACAAAGUCAAGAUAUCGAGUGUAGUGUGUGCUUGGAUCGUAUCUUGUCAAAGGCCACUCCAGGGGAAAGGAAGUUUGGGCUGUUGACUGAAUGUGAUCACCCGUUUUGUAUACAGUGCAUUCGUAAUUGGCGUAGCAGUGCUCCUGUUUCAGGAAUGGAUGUCAACAGUACGUUGAGAGCCUGUCCUAUAUGUCGCAAACUCUCUUAUUUUGUUGUCCCCAGUGUUGUCUGGUACUCUACUCCUGAAGAGAAAAAGGAAAUUAUCGACAUAUACAAGGCAAAACUGAGAUCAAUCGACUGUAAGCAUUUUAACUUUGGAAACGGAAGCUGCCCAUUUGGAGCAAGUUGUUUCUAUAAGCAUGCAUAUCCUGAUGGUCACUUGGAGGAAGUUGUUUUAAGGCAUCUUGGUUCUCAAGAAGGAGACAGUAUCAGGCUAUCAGAGUUACUUGGUGGCCUGCAGAUUUUCUAAAAUAUGCUUCCCCGGAUAAUCGAAAAAAACAAGGUGGGGAUGACAAACUUAUUUCUUAUCAAACUCAUAUUUAUUCUGAGUUUUGACAAUUCUCUCAAGUAAGAUAUGGAGACAUACAUGCUCAGAGAGGAUGAUAGUUAAAUAGAUAUCAGGACACAGAAGAAACUCUCAAAGUAAUAAUAUUUUAGAUAGGUAAAUGUAUUACUACACAAUUAUGUAAAUAAAAAAGUGUGAAUAAAGAUAAUGUAAAUAAUGGUUUCAGAACAAUCCAUGUGAAAGAUUUUUGAGAUAAUAAAAAGGUUCUCUGAGUUUCUUCUA